CACUCCACUGCACCGGAGUGCUAUAUCUAGCGGCGGCAUACGCGCACUGACUGCUCCAACCAAGAAACAACUCAUGCUCGAUAGCCCACAUCGUCAAGGGCUCGCAUUUAUCGUCACGUCCAUGCCCAUGCAACAGCCGACGCGCGGCGCGGGCGCCACCCUUCCCACCGCGAUGCCAGCGCCGGCCGCGGACUCGUCGUCGUUCCUGCUGCUUGCCUUCACGGCGGUGGUAGGGAGUGUCGUGCUGGUCGUUGCCGUGGCCAUCGCGAGGUACAACCGGAGGCACAGGGGCCUGCGGCUCCCGCCGGGCCCGCCCGGGUGGCCCGUCGUCGGGAACCUCUUCCAGGUGGCCUUCUCCGGGAAGCUCUUCAUCCACUACAUCCGCGACCUGCUCCGGGAGUACGGGCCCAUCCUCACGCUGCGGAUGGGGGAGCGCACGAUCGUCGUCAUCAGCAGCGCCGAGCUCGCGCACGAGGCUUUCGUCGUGAAAAACCGGUUCGUGUUGCGGAUGCGCGCCGAGGUUGCAGCGUCACCCGACGGCGCGUCCGUCUGGGUGCUCCGGAACGCGCGCUUCGCCGUGUUCUGCAUCCUGCUCGACAUGACCUUCGGCCUGCUCGACCUCGAUGAGGAGCACAUCGUGCAUAUCGACGCCGUCAUGAAGCGCGUGCUGCUCGCCGUCGGCGUUCGUAUGGACGACUACCUCCCGUUCCUCCGCCCGUUCUUCUGGCGGCAGCAACGCCGCGCGCUCGCCGUCCGCCGCGAGCAGAUCGACACGCUGCUCCCACUCAUCAACAGGCGCCGCGCCAUCCUCCGCGACAUGCAGAGCUCGCCACCCAACCCCAACGUCGCCGCGCCGUUCUCGUACCUCGACUCUGUUCUCGACCUCAACAUCGAGGGCCGCGACGUCGUGACCGACGACGAGCUGGUCACCCUCUGCGCGGAGCUGCUAAACGGCGGCACCGACACUACUGCCACCGCGAUCGAGUGGGCCAUGGCGCGCAUCGUGGACAAUCCAUCCAUCCAGGCCCGGCUCCAUGAGGAGAUCAUGCAGCAGGUCGGCGACGCGCGGCCGGUCGACGACAAGGACAUAGACAGCAUGCCGUACCUGCAGGCCUUCGUGAAGGAGCUCCUCCGGAAGCACCCACCGACGUACUUCGCUCUCACCCACGCCGCCGUUCAGCCGGGGAGCAAGCUCGCCGGCUACGACGUGCCCACGGACGCGAACCUGGACAUCUUCCUCCCGACCAUCUCCGAGGAUCCGAAGCUGUGGGAACGGCCGACGGAGUUCGACCCGGACAGGUUCCUGUCCGGCGGCGAGACGGCGGACAUGACGGGGUCGGCGGGGAUCCGGAUGAUCCCGUUCGGCGCGGGGCGGAGGAUCUGCCCGGGGUUGGCCAUGGGCACGACGCACAUCGCGCUGAUGGUGGCGCGGAUGGUGCAGGCGUUCGAGUGGCGCGCGCACCCGUCGCAGCAGCCGCUGGACUUCAAGGACAAGGUGGAGUUCACGGUGGUGAUGGCCCGGCCGCUGCUCGCCACGGUGAAGCCCCGGAACCUCUCGUUCUGAUCGAAUGCGUGCAUGCAUGCGCGCGUAUCGAUCGGCGGUGUGUGCGUGGAAGCACGACAUCGUUCGUACGUGCGCACGUUCUUACGUCAGCAUGCACAUGCACGUCCGUCAUGCAUGGCCGCCAGCGCUGCAUGCCGUC